CUGCACUGAUGGACACUGAUAGGAGGCACUGAUGAGGAGGCACUGGUAGGUGACACUGAUGGGCAUUGACAGGCAUCACUGAUAUAUGGCACUGAUAGGUGGCACUGACUGGCACUGUUAGGCAGCAUUGAUGCACACUGAUAGGCGGCUCAGAUGGGCACUGAUAUGUGGCAUUGAUGUGGCACUGUUCAGCACUGACAGCUGGCACUUCUGGAGCCACACUGAUCAUCAGGGCACACUGAUCAUCAGUGCCCUGAUGAUCACUGUCAGCGUGACAGCUCGAGAGGAGAGAAAUGUCAAUAACCGGCAUUUCCCUGUUUACAUGUGAUCAACUGUGAUUGGA